AUGAUUGAAGAUGAAAAUAAAACAAUUUGGUGUGGAAAUUUAGCAGAACAAGUGACUGAAGAGUUACUUUACGAACUCUUCUUACAGGCGGGUCCGCUACAAAGAGUUAAAAUACCACGAGAUAGAGAUGGUCGUCAAAAGAACUUUGCAUUUAUAACGUAUUGCCAUGAAGUUUCUGUACCUUAUGCUCUCAGAUUGUUUCAAGGAACGGCGCUUUUUCAUCGAAAGCUGUCUUUACAAGAGAGAGGUAGAACUAGUCUUCCUCCACCAAUUCCAAUACGAUGCUAUGGGCCUGACAUGUCUUUCGACCUGAGAGAUCAAGGAAAUAUAUCUAAACAGUUUAUUGAUAUGACUGACAAACUCCAAGUGGAAACUCCUGUACCAGCUCAUAUACCAACUCAAAGGCAAGAGAUAAAUGACAAAUUAGUAAUGGCUAGUUUACAAGGUAAUUGGUCUCAUAGGCAUCAUCCAUACAAAUCAAAAGAAAAAUCAAAUAAUCGAGAUAAUUAUAGGCAAAGAAGUCAAGACAAUUACAAAAAUCAGAGUAACUGGAAAAAUAAAAGAAAUUUUAGGACUCGAAGAAGAGAU